AAAGCACAGGGCAGCUGCGUCUCCAGUCUGCCAGGACCCUGCACAGCCCGGGGACCGCUCGGUCAGAAGAGCAGGGAUGCCUGGCGCGCCUGCGCCUGUUGCCAGGGAGAUGGGAGGCUGUUGCCAAGGCGACCGACGACUGCGUGGAGCAGCCAAUCAGAGUGGGACUGCGGCUCUGGUUCACCGCUAGGAUGGAGCCCCGGGAACGGGCAGGGCGCCCCAGCCCAGGCGGCUGGGGAUCGGCGUCUCCGAAGCGAGGUGACGCUGCUGCCGCCUCCCAGAGCCCCCAGGCCCCCGCCCCACCCCCGCCCCGCUUUCUGGCGGCCCCUGCUCCAGGGAGGAGCGGUGCUACCUCCCCCGUUCUACACUGCUGCUGAAGGGCAGAUGCCGCCGCGGCAUAGGUGGGUCCGGGGGGCCGCGGUCAGGGAGGGCCCCGCCCCGAGCCCCCUGGCGAGCCCCGCAGUGCCCGGCCCCGCGCACGCUCGCUGGGCGCUGACGUGGCCGCUGACAGCAGCCAGCGCCGCCCCGCGCCCCUCCCGCCCGCCGAGGGGCGGCGGCCGCGCAGUCUCGGGACCGCACGGACGGACCGACGGACGCGCCUCCGCGGGAGCAGAGCUCGGCGCACGGCCAGGCCAUGCCCGGGGAGGCCGCCCGCGCUGAGCUGCCUCCGGCCGAGACAGAGGGGCCGGGGCGCCAGACAGAUCUGUCCUGCCAUGUGGUGGUGGCCACCAGCCCCAGAGGGGAGCCGCUGGAGUGCGCCCUGAGCCCUGGGCCCAGCCCCCUGGGCCUCAGCUUCCUGCCCAGCAAGACAGGUGCCAGGCCCCCACCUGAGGGAGCCAGCUGGGAUGCGGGACCAGGCAGUGCCCCCCUGGCCUGGGCCGACUCCACAGAGGGUGCUCCUAGCCCCAAGACCCCUGAGAUUCUGCCCGCAGAGGGCCUUCUCCCGGCCGCCCUGGAGCCUCGGAUUGUGAUGGGCGAGGAGACACAGUGGGGUGCUGCCCUGACAGAGCCCAGCGAGCAGGAGGGGGGGCCCUGCGGACUGAGCCCCCCACCUGAACCGUGUUCUCAGGGCCACUCUCCUGUGCCUUUGCCCACCUUGGAGCCCGAGUCCUACUUCACACCUCCGUCCACCCCCAACACCGCCUGGGGGCAUGGCCAGGGCCAGCGGGACAUGCCAGCAGAGUCUGGAGACUCGCCACCCACCUCGCCCUCUGGCUCCUACAUCACAGCAGAUGGGGACAGCUGGGCCUCAUCCCCCUCCUGCUCCCUCAGCCUGCUGGACACUGCCUCGGGCUGGGGCCGCUCCCCUCUGGGGCCCAUGGAGGGUGAGUGGGUGCAGCCUCCCACAGGCCAGCCCAGCUCCUCUUCCCCUGAGUCCAGCCUGUCCGAAGACAGCAGCUUUUCUUGGAGCCAGGAGGGCCACUUGGACCUGGACUUCCUGGCCAACGACCCCAUGAUCCCCGCUGACCUCCUGCCCUUCCAAGGCAGCCUUAUCUUCCAGGUGGACACCAUGGAGGUGACACCACUGCCUCCCGAGGAGCAGGAGGUGACCUCGGAGGACGGGGAUGCGGAGGAUGACAGCACCUUUGCCUCCUCCCUGCAGUCACUGUCUGAUCUGUCCAUCACCGAGGGCGUGGACGAGGCCUUCGCCUUCAGGGAUGAUGCCUCGGCGACCUCCUCGGACCCUGACUCUGUGUCCUAUGCUGGGGCGGAUGACGAGCAGCUGUAUAGCGGGGAGCCACACGCUCAGCCUUCUGCUCUGCUGCAGGACAGCGACAGUGGGGGCCCGGGGUCCCAUGUCCCAGAGGGCGAAAGCACCUGCGCCCCUGAAAGCCAGGGCCCCCCUGCAGCCGAUGACCCCCACGAUCUGAAGAAAGCCCUAGGCCUCACUGGGCCAAGUCCUGGAAUCAGGAGUGCAGAGACUGGCUCCAGCACGGGACCAGCACCGACGACUGCAGCCACAGCCCAGCCCCUGCAGCAAGGAGCCGGGGCAGCCUUGGGCCAUGAGUCCCCCACGUUGCAGAGAGAGCUGGGCGUCGUGCACGGCCCAGACUCUCGGGAAUAUUUGGAAGAAGCAGCCGCAGGCCUUCCCGAGGUGGUCAGUCCUGAGCCCCAGCAGGGACCGACAGGCCGGCCCCUGCUCCCGGAACCGAACCCGCAGGCCCCGAACACCCACGCAGCCUGCAGCCCAGGGGCCGAGGCUGGAGCCAGCACCGCCCAGCAAGAAGCAGGCGGGGCCUUGUGGCAGAGGCCAGCCCCCGAGAGGGCUAUGGACAGACCUGCGGGAGGCCCAGCGCCCGGUGCAGACCCCCGCGCGCACCGGGCCUCACCUGGGCCCCGGCCACGCUUGCAUACAGGUGACAGGGUUCGGCCCCCGCUGCCCCUGGAGGAAGCCCCAAGGGCCAGGCAGCAGGGUGAAGGGGCCCCAGAGCCAGCGAGGGAGGGUGCUGGGCAGGUCCGCGGGGCGGGGGGAAACCCAGUGGCGGGGAGGGCAGGCCUAGGGCGCGCUGCGGCGGUGGGCGCACAGGCCGUGGGGGACUCAUGCUCAGAGGCUCAGUCCGGGACGCGCCCUGCACCCGCCCCACCCCGAGGCCCCUGCUCCCCUCAGCCCCCCACUUCUCGGGACAGGCUCUCAGGUGUCCUCACCACGGGGACAGCGCUGCCCCCCGCACACACUCUUCGCCAGGGCUCCUGGGAAGCCGGGGUGGAAGGGAAAGGGCCCCUACGCUCUCUGGGCCCCCGGCCGCCCUGGGCAGCCCCGCAGGCAGCGGGCACCAUCUCAGGGACCACGGACACUCCCAGGGCCAGGCAGCAGGUCAGUCUCCCUGCCCACUCCCCGGUCCUCAGCCUCAAGGUGCCCCCCGAGGGGGACACCCAAGCCAAAGACUCCGCCUCCAGGGCUUCGACCCCCUGCCACGUGCCUCCUGGUUCUGGGCCCCGGAGCCCAGCCCGCCUGUGCCGACCCCCGGCCGCGCUGCCCCAGAAUGACCAGGACAGCCCAGAAGAAGGCUCCGGCCAGCACUCGGACAGCCACGGCGAGUCGUCAGCCGAGCCCGAGCCGGAGGAGCAGGAGUCCCCCAGACCUCAGACGGCACAAAACCCCGCACAGGCUCUGGAGAGCGGCAGCAGCAGUGAGGACACAGUAGCUAAAGCCAAGCAGAGUCGCAGUGAGAAGAAAGCCCGGAAGGCGAUGUCCAAGCUGGGCUUGCGGCAGAUCCAGGGGGUCACCAGGAUCACCAUCCAGAAGUCCAAGAACAUCCUGUUCGUCAUUGCCAAGCCCGACGUCUUCAAGAGCCCAGCCUCAGACACUUACGUGGUCUUCGGGGAGGCCAAGAUUGAGGACCUGUCCCAGCAAGCGCACAGAGCUGCCGCCGAGAAGUUCAAGAUGCCCGCAGAGCCCUCCAACCUGGUACCUGAGUCUGCGCCCGGACCGAGGGUGAAGCCCGAGCGCAAGGAGGAGGAGGAGGAAGAGGUGGACGAGACAGGCCUGGAGCUGCGGGACAUCGAGCUGGUGAUGGCACAGGCCAGCGUGUCCAGGGCCAGGGCAGUGCGGGCCCUGAGGGACAGCCGGAGCGACAUCGUGAAUGCCAUCAUGGAGCUGACCAUGUAGCCGCUGACCUCUGCCACCUGCCGCCCCAGCCCCGGCUGAUGCUCAAUAAACGGGUGUCUGCUAGCGA